CCACCGCCCCCGCCGCCGCCGCCGCUGCCGGACGAGCUCCUCGAGGAGAUCCUUCUCCGCCUCCCACCAGAAGAUCCCGGCUGCCUCUUCCGCGCCUCCCUUGUCUGCAAGCCCUGGCGCAGCCGCCUCACCGGCUCCGCCUUUGGCAGCCUCUACCGCGAGUUCCACGGGAAGCCUCCCUUGCUGGGAUUCUUCGAGAACGACAAGACGGUAUUCUGCUGGUUCACUCCCUUGUCCCCCACCUCCCCCUUCCUCCCUGUUCAUCCCGACCACCGCGAUCUCUUCGUUCUCGACUCCCGCCACGGCCGCGUCCUAUUGAAUUCUGUCGGCUCGGAAGGCGAAUCCCUGGACCUCAUUGUAUGGGACCCCGUCGGCCGCCGCAAGUGGGGAUUGCCCUACCCGGAGUUCGACGACUGGACAACCGUCCCAGACGAUGCGGCGGUUCUCUGCGCCGUCGAUGACUGCGACCACCUUGACUGCCAUGGAGGCCCCUUCCUCGUGGUCUACGUGCGCACCGAUGAAGACGGGGUCGCACACGCUUGCGUCUACUCUUCAGAGUCUUGUGCCUGGAGCCCCGUGACAUCUUGUGAGCACCCUAAUUCCAUCCUCGAAGUCAUGACCUGCUGGCCCAAAGCCCAUGUGGGAGAUGCAGUCUAUUUCUCGUGCACCUGGAGCAAGAUUAUCCUGCGGUAUGACUUGUUCACCCAGGAACUAUCAAUGAUUACCUGGCCGGCCAUGUACAAGUGGGAGAAGGCCAAUCCUAUCCUUAUGAGGACGGAAGACGGUGUGCUGGGAUGUGCCAGUUUGCAGGAGUCCAGGCUCGAACUAUGGUCGAUGGAGUCUCACACAGAUGGAACUGUGAAGUGGGUGCUAAGCAGAGUUGUGGAGCUCGAGAACUGGCUACCAUCUCGCCCCACUCAUGUCACUAGGUUCGUGGAUGGAGUUGGUAUAUUUUUUGUGCGGACAAAUCUUGGUAUCUUCACAGUUGAGCUUAAGUCAGGCCGAGUUAAGAAGAUAUCCAACAGCAAGGACCAAGUCAUUCCGUACAUGAGUUUCUACACUCCAGAUCAAUCUGGGGGCAUAAUGCCUCCGUCUACCAUGACCUCCUCCUCAGAGAACGUUGAGACGGCCCAAGAUGAGCACCAUGAUCUGCUGCUGCAGCACUCAAGUGGGGAGGUGGGAGAUGUGAAGGAGAAAUGGGUAGAGAAGGGAGAAGAGGAUUGCGAACGGAAGGAGGGCGGAUGGCAUGAGGAGGGCUCAGUGGAGGAUUGGGAAUGGAAGGGUGAGAAAGCUGCGCAGAAGCUGUUUGAGAAGGGAUCCAAGGCCAUUGAUGAGGGGCAUUUCGUCGCCGCCAAGAAAUUGUUGCACCGUGCCCUCAAGAGCAGGGUGUUGUUUUAUGGGAGACUUUCUCCAAUGUGUUUUAGCACAUAUUACAAAUAUGGAUGUGCUUUGCUGCACAAAGCUCAAGCGAAAAUUGCACCAUAUCAUGAAGACUUAGUUGAGGGUUCAGCCAGCAGAGAUGAUACUGGAAGCGCAAAGGCCUCUGGUAGCAAUGUUAGAAAAGAUUUGGAUCUGGCUUGGAAAAUGUUAAAUAUUGCGAGGGCAAUUAUUGAGAAGUAUCAUUGCAUUUCUAUGGAGAAAGUUCUAACCUUUUGUGCUCUUGCUGAAGUCUCUAUGGAAAGAGAAGACAUAGACUACUCACUCCGUGCUUGCUUCAAAGCUUUAGCCAUCUUGGAGGAUUUGGUUGAGCCGGACCAUUGUCGAAUUGCCUUACUAAACCUCUACAUAUUUCUGUCUCUGAAGUCGGCAUCCAAGAUUCCAGAUGCGCUCCCAUAUGCUCUAAAGGUGUUCUCGUUGUACAAGUCACGUAUGGAGAAACUUAUAAGGGCCAAGGAAGCUUUGUUGGCUGUUAAAGGUGAUAAUGCAUCUGUUGCUGAAAUUGGUUCAGAAAUUUCGUCUCUAGACAACGAGAUAGAGUCCCUUUUUAAUAUAUCCUCUGUACUAGGAGAGAAGCUUGAAGACCUGGGGUUCAAGAAACAUUAGCCCCAACCUUGAAGCCAAGUGGUGCGCAUAACGUUGUCUAUGCUGCGUCCAGAGCUACAUCUUUGACUUACAAAUUGCUGGACCAAAUAAUUCUAUGUCUACAACAGCGCAGAUCUCUGCUGAACCUUCUCUCAAGAAAGAUACAGAGGAUUCUUCACCUGUAAAAGGUUAUAGCAGCAACAAGUCAGAUGUUUAUCCUGCAGCACGGGCUGUAUUAGUAACUUAUGCCUGACAGUGGAACGUUUUAGUUGACUAUAUGGUACCCUUUUCUGUAAUGGCUAUAUGUCACAUGUACUUGGAUGUAAAUUGGCAUGUCUCGUUUUAGUCAGAGCAUCUCUGCUUAGUGCAGAAGAAUUUCUUCAUUUUGCCAUGUAUGAGCUGGUUUCAGCUCCUGCUUACCUGAAGCUAUUGUAAUUGAAGUGUUCAGGUGGAUUGGUUCCGUGUUAAAUAUCUUCCCUUCCAAUUUGCCCCA